AAAACCCCGAGUGCCGCAGUGGUGGUACGUGUGUCUCGACCCUGCCAUUCCAGCCGCCUCGUUCCUGCACCUGAACAUGAGAGAACGCAGGUGGCGCGGCGACGACCAGGGUUGCAGCUAGGGGACCAUGUGGGUAGGGGUCCCCGAGGGGGGCGGGUCAGGUCGGGCAGGGGGGUGGCUGUUGCUGCUUCUGCUGCUGCUGCUGCUCGCCUCCAGGGCCGACUCGGAGAAGAACAAAUUCUAUCACAUGCAGACGCUGUGCAAAAAUCACUUCCUGCAGCAGCAGUACCGCAAGACGGACGGCGCGGUGCUCAGGUCGCAGAACGAGCGCAACCUCGACUGUGUCCUCACCUUCCAGACGCACUCCAUUCUCCAGAGAUUCAUGCUUCGCUUCGACCUUCUGCAGUUGGACUGCAACGACCACCUCUUCAUCUACGACGGCGCGCACGCGGUCGGCAGCUACAAGGCGGACCUCUCGUGCCGGAACACCAAACAGUCUGUGGGCGCUGUGUUCACGCGUACAAAUUUCGUGACCCUCAAGUACGUGACAGACGCCUGGGGUACGGAGAAUAACGGCUUCAAGCUCAUCAUUACCGCCAUCAAAGACCCAAAACACGCUUGCAAAGACUUCACGUGCAAACUGCGCGAAUUCUGCAUCUCGCCUGACCUGCUGUGCGACGACGUGAAUCACUGCGGCGAUGGAUCUGACGAGGCAGCCAGCACGACUUGCCCACCCGGUCACGAGAUGGGCACCAUCCUGGGCCUCGGCAUGCCCGUCUUCGUCGUGCUCACCGUCGGGGUCAUCCUGAUCGUGUGCGUGUCCUGCGUCGGCUGCGUCUUCUGCGUGUGCCGCCGCAUCAAGGGCAACAACAACCGACGACCGCAGGGCCAACCCGCCAAUUCGGAUUAUCCAUUGACGCAGACGCAUGGGUCGAACGGAGCCGGCGGCGCCUACAGCAACACCAAUCUGGGGGCAGCGCAGUAUUCGGGCGUUUCGGCCACCCUUCCGCGUUCACAGCCCCCGACGGCCUCCAACUACUACGCGACGACGGCCACUAUGGCGAGGCCGCUUCACCACCAGGAGGGACCGCGGGUCUCGUUCCUGCCGUCGGGAAACCUGCCUCUCCCUGUGGCCCUCGGGUACACCAACAGCAGCGGAUCUUGGGUCAACCCCACCACCUGCCCGGACGCGUCAGAGCGGCCGGAUCAGACGGAGAACUGCCAUCCAAUCAGAAGGAUGAAUGGUUCGUCUAAAAGAAGACGAGGUUGAAUCAAGAUCCCAAGGCCCACAGGGAGAAGAAAUCCAAGCCCAUGUUAGUCCAGCUGGUACCCAGGAUCAACAUGGCACUACGAUGAUUUAUCAUUUUUGUAUAAUCAAAAACACGCGCAUAUAUACGUCUUGUCAUCAUUUUGUACAAUAACAAACUUGUUUUUAUUGCGAAGCAAAACAUUUGCAAAUGCUCUCGACGAAAAACAUCACAUUAUAGAAUAAUUAUGUAUACACCUGUCGCAUAAAUUGAUUGAUUGCCGAGCAAAAAUUAGUUGUGUCGUUGGCUUAGAACGAGAUUUAAAUAUAAUUAUUAUGUCAUCCAGUGGAAAAAUCGUUGGCUAUUUGUAAAAACAUUGCAGAGACAAAAGUUGUGUUUCGUGUUAGACAUCUGGCGCGCACUCUCACACACUAAAACUUUUUAACCGACAACAGAUCGAGAAUUAAUCCAGGCUCUAAAAGUAAAAUAACAGCUCCAAUCUCAGGACUGCACUAAUGGUAAAAAUCACUUUGAUAUCAAGCAAUGAAACAGGAACAGGGCGUUGAGAUGGAAUAAGUAUCAUAGUAAACAGUUUCAUAUCAGCAAAGAAAUAUCAAUGAAGCAACCUGGAAAUAUCAUUUUUUGAUACAAGCAGCUUACAUUUAUUUUCAUAUGUAUUCAAAAACAGAUAAAGAGCGCGUUUUUAAGUAUGAAUAAUGAUUAAAAAGCAGAUUGAGAAUGCAACUACAUACUACACACUGUGUGAUGUUUGUAUUUAAAUAUUUUAAAUAUGAACAAUUCUUGUCGAGGUUUCAAUUUAAGUGAGGGAUUAUAUAAAAGUAAAAACAUUUUGCACUUUGGGACGAACAAAGUACCGCUGUUGUGAGAGAACAAAAUUAGCAGAAAGUUUGAUUACGUGAAGUUGGUACAAAUUGCAAAAGGCAGAGUGGAAAUUCAAAUAAAUAAAAAAUAACAAAUUACAUGGGACUAAAACGAGAGUGGCGAGAAAUUCAAAAACAAUUAUAUGAAAUCGAGAAAAGUGCCUGUUGAAAGGUCUGAUGUGUUGCUUGCAGUGAAGAGAUAAAUAUGUGUUGCGCAUUUGUUAAUUAAUUGGCCCAUUGAUUGAUGCGAAAUCUGUACGCAAAUCUCUAAACAAACAAAUUUCCCUGCUGCUCUAGCUGGACGCAAUUUCAAUUAAUUAAGUGUAGUGGUUUGCGUUGGCGUUUUAGCGAGAAUACUUGAUUAAAGCUUGCCAGAGCCAUCUGCGAAAAUUUAAUUGGAAAAUUACACACACAUUAGAUGGUUCUGGUCGCGAUUUUUGCGUUGUUUGUGGAUAAGGGAAUCAAUAUGAGGGCGGAAUUUACCGGAAGAAAUGAGAAAAUAUAUUGCUGACAAUACUUUUAUCGUGCAGUAUAAUUAUUACUAAAAGGAAUUAUAAGUAAAAAUUUAGUGUGGCAUCUCUUUGUACGAUAAUAACUAAAAAAAAAUUAUCUUGCUAACUGACUUUAAAGCAGCCAUCAAACGCCCAUUUUAACUCCAACGGAAGAACUCGAGUGUUCAUCAGUAACUAAUUGUGUAAUUACUCAACCUUUUCAGACAGUAGAGUUACUAUAAAAAAAAACAUGUUCUUGAAGUAAGAAGCAGGAAAUUCCCGUUCCGAUCUAUAAUAUUAAAAUGGCAUAGUGUCACUGAGACGCGCAGAAAACGUAUUUAGCAUUACGUGUUAUGAUUCUUCCUGGACUAUGCGAAAUAAAUAAUAUACAACUUUCCGUUCCUAUGGCAAACUCACUGCUGCAGAAUAUAAAUAAGUAUUCGAUGUAACUUGAUGAGAUUUAAUUUCAUAGCUACGCAACACUCGUCACACAGACUAAUGAAUAAGUAAAUUGUUUCUGACGUAGCGGACAGGAAAAAGCAAUUUUCUAUUUGAGAGCGGUUUUAUGUCAUUGUGUGAGAGAUGUGAAGAAGAUGUGAAGUAAUCUAUAUAUUAAAUAUUGAAAAUAGCGUUCGAUGUUAAGGUUGAUCGCGGUUAUUUGUUACCCCAUGUUUAGGCAAAGGAGAAAUUCAAUCAGCUCUACUAACUCUCUGGAUUAAGAAAAAUUAGAAAAAUAAUAAUUAAAUAAAUAAUACUGUGGCAUUUGUAAUUUUUGUUCGGCGUAAGUACGUAAUGGUAAUAUAUGACAUUAUAUAUUUAAAAAUAAUUGUAGAGAGGUACACUUUACUAAAAAGUGAAUGUGUGAAUGGCGUGUGAGCACUCAACAACAAACUGUAUUGCAUUAUGUAUUG